AUGUCAAAAGUCACAGCACAAGGAGCUCUGAACUCCGCAAAAUCCGGCUACGCACCUGAGGAAAUGCAAAACCAUGUCGCUCACUUCAUCCUCCUUGUAGUCUUCUCCAGCUUCGCAACCGCCGCUGUGGGACUGAGAUUUUGGGCACGAAACAUAAGAACCCAAACUUUUGCGCUUCAUGAUUACUUGACAGUACUGGGUCUGAUCUUCGCACUCGCCGAGACUGGUGUCAAUAUUUAUAGUAGGUCUUUUCACCCACAGCAAUACCUCUCUGGACUGAGCACGGUCAAUGACAAUUGCCAGGUUGCUGUUUUCCAUUCUUACGGAGAAUGGGCACCGUACCGGAAGCAGUAG